AUGUUUUGGCGGUGCCAUCAAUACUGGAAUUCCCAUAGACCGCUGCUGCUGCUUUCAAAAUCAAGGGUGCCAGGUAUCUAUAGUAAUUUUGGCAUUCAGAUGAAGAAUAAAUUAGAAUUAUCAACUUGUAAUAACUCAGUGGCGAAGCGACUAAAGCAUGAUAGUCGUGAUGCUAGCGUUAAUGAAAGAUCUCAAGAUAUACCAUUAGAUUUAUGGGAUACAAGUGGUGAUGACGAUAUAUUACUAUAUGUUCAGUCAAAUGAAAACAAAGAUUGUUCUGAUUCUAAAUGUGCUGUUAAUGCUGCGCCGAGCUGCCAGUCUGAUAUUAUUACUAUAGAAUCUUCGCCCGAAAGUAACAAAACAACUGCUAAAUCGCACUCUCCACACUUGAAGCCUGUUGAAAACGUAUCUUUAUUUUUAAACUCCAAUACUGUACCUGAUAUCCAUGAGAGGCGGAAUACUUUGCGAUUGGGAGAGCGAUUAGGCGAGCAAGCAGCGGCAUCUACAUUUGCACUUGGCAAGCUAACAUCUUCAAGACCUUCUAAACAACAGUUAAAGGCUUCCAAUCUUAGCGAUGACAAUAGCAAGUUAACAUUAUUGACGCAACCGGCAAGAACGGAUGAUCAGGAUGCAGGAGUUAGGCCCAAGCGAGCAGUGGAUGGUGAGCGGAAAAGGGUAAAAUGUUUGAUACUUAGCGAAGAGCAGCAGAAUGUUAUUAAAUUGGUUGAUAAAGGAUUAAACAUCUUUUACACUGGUAGUGCAGGUACAGGGAAAUCUAUUUUACUGCGAGAACUUAUAAAAAGACUAAAGGUUAAAUACGGUAGCCAUGGUACUGUAGCGAUCACAGCAUCCACUGGGUUAGCAGCGUGCAAUAUAGGCGGCAUUACAUUACAUUCAUUUGCUGGGGUAGGCUUAGGCAAUGGUACAACCGAAAAUCUACUGAAGAAAGUGAAACGGUCCAGGAAACAUGUGCAACGAUGGAAUAACUGUAAAUGUCUGAUAGUAGACGAAAUCUCAAUGAUUGAUGGAGAGCUAUUGGAUAAGAUAGACUUCAUAGCUAAGAAGAUCAGAAAGUCUGAAAAACCGUUUGGUGGCAUACAAGUUAUAUUCUGCGGUGAUUUCUUCCAAUUACCGCCAGUUACAAAGAACGGCGACCAGCCACGGUUUGCAUUUGAUUCCGAUUCAUGGAAGCAAGGGAUUAACAUCACAAUUAUGCUUAAUAAAGUAUUUAGACAACAAGGUGACAAUAAAUUUGUUGAGAUGCUGAACGCCAUGCGUGUAGGAAAGAUCACUCCCGAAACCGAGAUUGCGUUUAAGCAGCUUUCAAGGCCGUUGGAAGAAGAUAAAAUAAUACCAGCACAACUCUUCAGCACAAGAUAUGAAGUUAAUAAAGCAAAUAAUAGCCAAUUAGCAAAACUGGAGGGUAAACCUAGGUAUUUUAAUGCGAUUGAUGGUGGGGAUCUCACAGACGAAGAUGCUAAAGCAAGAUAUUUGGCGAACUUCUUGGCACCAAAAAAACUGGUACUAAAAGUUGGUGCCCAAGUAAUGAAUAUCAAAAAUUAUGACGACACACUUGUUAAUGGAUCACUUGGAAAAGUAAUUGACUUUAUUGAUGAAGCAACUUUUAUGUUUUAUGAAAGUAUUUGUGAGGAUGAUAUGAACGUUAAAGAAUGCGAGGAAUAUCGAAACUACUUGAUUGAAAAUAAUUUUAAGGUACCAGAGAAAGAUGACGAGGAUAUAAAGAAAGAAACGAGAUCCACAAUGGUUAAAAAAGCUUUACAAGAGCAGUUCAGGAAGGUCGAUAAGGAUGAACCUGUUGAUCCACUUGGAGAUACUAUAUUUGACUUUCUGAAAGAAGUUAACCCGAAACAUCCAAAUGGUUAUGCAAAUUUAGAGCGUAAAAAACAACUCUUGCAAGAAGUCCACCUAAGCUCUAAGGGCAAGAAAUUACCAUUAGUUCAAUUUUUUCAACCUGAUAACUCUACGAGGACUGUUCUUAUUCGUGAGGAAGCAUGGGCUAUAGAAGAUGAAAACGAAAAACCACUGGUAACAAGAGUGCAGCUACCUUUAAUGUUAGCAUGGGCUUUAUCUAUUCACAAAUCUCAAGGACAAACGUUGCACAAGGUUAAGGUAGACUUAAAGAACAUUUUUGAAAAAGGUCAAGCUUAUGUGGCACUAUCAAGGGCAAUUUCUAGGGAUGGUCUGCAGGUGCUGAAUUUCAAUAGCGCAAAAGUUGCUGCUCAUGAGAGGGUUGCAAAGUUCUAUCAAGGUUUGAUGUCCGCAGACGAUGCUUUGAAAACGCUAAAGGCGCCACAAAGAACUUUGGACUACAUAUUCGCUAAGGGCAAAAGCCUAUUUACGUCUAAGGCUGUUGAGAAAAAGCGAGCCAACGAGGAUAGUAAUGCAAACAAAAAUAGUGAACCGGAAAGCGAGCCUAUUAUGGUAAACGUAGACCGCGAAGAAUCCAUGUUCUUUGAACCACGGCAGGCUGAAGACUACGCCUAA